ACGAUCUAGAGCUAGCUGCGUGCGCAGGUUAGAGGGAAAGAACCGAGGGUAUAGAGUAGGCAACAGCAAUGUCUCAGCAGGGCGCACAGCUACAGGGCUACAACAACGAGCUCAUAAAAUGCAUCGAGGGACCUGAGUGCGAAGCGAGACGAGCUCCACAGGCAGAUCUUGCUGAGGAAGAGGAGAAGCAGCGAGUCCAGCACGACCUCCACAUCAUCACUGAGCGACUGGCGGCCAUCAACGAGAGCCUGGCCCGGAAGAUGCCAUCAGGAACGACUAUGACCGCACCAUCGCAGAGACGGAGGGCGCUUACAAAAAGAUUCUGGAGAGCUCCCAGUCACUGCUCCACGUGCUGAAGAGAGAGGGUACGACACUCAGAGACAAGGCUAGGGUUGACACUACUGCCUCCAAGCCAUCUUCUCUCCACAGAACUCAGUAGUGUCGACCUUCACUCCUGCACUCUCCACACACACAACAUAAUAAUUAAGUACACACUCACAUCCUGUCUUUGCUGUUGUCUCAAUGUCAUGAUUUUACUCUGUACAAAAAUUAUACAAAAUGAAUUGAUUCUCUGAGGCUACGUUGGUUGUCGUGAUGUCUGUCUUUCCAUGAAGCGAUGGUAUAUCAGAGUUCCACUAAGCACGUCUUCUAUUGCCAUGCCUGCAGUCAGAGAGAAAGCACAUUGUGCGGUAUGAUAAUUAGGGGAGGCCCCUGUUGUUCACUCUCUAACCCAGUGAUUUGAACAUGAGGAAUUUCUUGCCGCAAUCAGAAAGAGAGGGGAGAGGCUUAGCUCCCGAUAUUACUUCUCCAAUUUCUGCAAAUAUCUCUGCCUGCAGGAGACACAAUUCGGUCUCUGAGAAUUAGAGGGGCUUACCCCCGAUUGUAUGAUAUCUCCAGACUCCUUCAUUGCUGCAUCGCAACUGUCUACUGUCACUAGUGAAUUUAGCAUUACAUCAUCGUCUAAUUCUCUCCAGUCGGAGUGACACGCCCCCACAGCUGAAAUGUCAAGAGGUUGACUAGAUCCAAUAGAAUCCUGAGAGACAUACAUAUCACCACCGCUCCUGUCUUCAACCAUUCUCCACGAAUCAGUGGCUCCGUCGCCAAGGUUACCGCUACCACGACGUCGGCAUCUCUGAGUGCAUCGGGGAGAGACAGACUGACCUUUGCCCUCACCUCGUCGGCACAGCGCUGAGCACUGGCUGCACUUCGACCCCAGAUUCUCACCUAUAUACAAUCAAUCCUACAGCUAAAAUUUUUACUACUCCAAAUUUUUGGUACUCCACAAAAAUUUUACUACACCUCAGAGAAUGAGUGGUGGAUGCGAAGAGCCUCGGCAUG